AUGGCAUCCCUCAAGCAAUUCAUUCGCAACGUGCGGGCUUCCAAAACGAUUGCAGAUGAGCGAGCAGUCGUACAGAAAGAGAGUGCUGCGAUUCGUGCCAGUUUUCGAGAGGAAAGUCACGAUUCCAAUGUCCGGCGCAACAAUGUUGCAAAGCUGCUAUACCUCUUUACCCUUGGUGAGAGGACACACUUUGGUCAGAUCGAAUGUCUGAAGCUAUUGGCCUCGCCUCGAUUUGCGGACAAGAGACUGGGCUAUCUGGGUACCAUGUUGCUGCUGGACGAGAACCAGGAAGUCCUUACCCUGGUCACGAACUCUCUGAAGAACGAUCUGAACCACUCAAAUCAGUAUGUUGUGGGCCUGGCGUUGUGCACGCUUGGAAACAUUGCUUCUGUCGAAAUGUCGAGAGACCUGUUUCCAGAGAUCGAAAACCUCAUACAGACUUCAAAUCCCUACAUUCGGAAAAAGGCUGCCUUGUGCGCAAUGCGAAUAUGUCGGAAAGUACCAGAUUUACAAGAACACUUCCUGGAAAAAGCCAAGUUGAUUUUGUCUGACCGCAACCAUGCUGUUUUGCUCUCUGGGCUUACUCUGGCAGUAAAUAUGUGCGAAGCUGAAGAGCAGGAAGAAGUAGAGGAGGGGGUCAUUGAUAUGUUCAAGACGUUGGUACCACAGCUCGUUCACACUCUUAAGAAUCUGCAAAGUUCUGGAUAUACACCCGAGCACGACGUCAGUGGCAUUACAGAUCCUUUCCUACAAGUCAAGAUUUUGCGACUCUUCCGUGUACUUGGACGUGGUGACGCUGCAGUAAGCGAACAGAUCAACGAUAUCCUAGCUCAGGUUGCAACAAACACUGAAGCCUCCAAGAAUGUUGGCAAUUCGAUUCUGUACGAGGCAGUGCUCACCAUACUCGACAUUGAGGCCGACUCUGGUCUUAGAGUGCUGGGCGUCAAUAUCCUUGGAAAGUUUCUAGCCAACAAGGAUAACAACAUUCGAUAUGUCGCGUUGAACACCCUGAUAAAAGUCGUUGCAAUCGAACCAAACGCUGUGCAAAGGCACAGAAAUACUAUACUCGAAUGCUUACGAGAUCCCGACAUUUCUAUCAGAAGACGUGCGCUCGACCUCAGUUUUACCCUCAUUCGCGAAGACAACGUCAGAGUAUUGAUAAGAGAGCUGCUUGCCUUCCUCGAGGUCGCAGAUACCGAAUUCAAACCAGUGAUGACGACCCAAAUUGGCAUAGCUGCCGACAGAUAUGCUCCAAGUAAGAGGUGGCAUAUUGAUACACUUCUUAGAAUCGUCAAACUGGCCGGUAACCACGUCAAAGAGCAGAUUUUGUCUUCUUUCGUCCGCCUGAUAGCCACAACUCCUGAUCUACAAACAUAUUCCGUACAGAAAUUAUACGCAGCACUAAAGGCCGAUAUCACCCAAGAAGCUCUAACAUUGGCUGCAACCUGGUCGAUGGGCGAGUACGGUGAUGCACUACUGAGAGGAGGCUCAUACGAGGAGGAAGAACUGGUCAAAGAAGUGAAGGAAAGCGAUAUCGUUGAUUUAUACGAGAGCAUUCUCAAUUCGACAUAUGCCAACCAAAUCGUCACAGAAUACAUAGUCACAUCAGCGAUGAAGUUGACUACAAGAAUGUCAGAUCCUUCGCAGGUCGAAAGGAUAAGACGUCUGAUCAUGGUUCGCCAAUCAGAUCUGAGCAUUGAAAUACAACAAAGAGCUGUCGAGUACGGCAAUAUGUUUGGCUAUGACUCGAUUCGAAGAGGUGUUCUAGAGAAGAUGCCUCCGCCAGAAAUCAAGGAAGAGCAUAGAGUGCUUGGAGAAGCCACGAAGAAGAAGGACGGCAAAAAGAGUAUGCUCAAGAACAAGACAGCCAAGCCAAUCUCGAAACAGAGCGAAGCAGACUUGCUUGGAGAUCUUCUUGGAGGCUCGGAUGCGCCCUCUGUUGACACAAGUGCUGUCAUUAACGGACAACAGAACACAGCCGACCUUCUGGCAGAUAUCCUUGGAGGUGGCUCUUCAGUACAGAGCCCACCGCCACAAUCUGUGAGUCCCGCACCUCCAUCGGGAUCGAACAUGGAUUCCAUGCUCGAUCUUAUGGGCAACGGCACGACUUCGGCUCCUAAGCCAGCACCAGUUGCACCGUCUCCAGCGCUCUCAGGUCCUGCGGCACAGCCAGUGUACAACAAAAAUGGCUUGAACAUCACCAUCCAAGUUUCUCGCAGCGCAGCUGGCGCUCAAGCCCAAGCCAGAUUCAAGAAUACAACGAACUUCGAUCGCUUUACUGGUGUUGGUCUACAAGCUGCUGUGCCAAAGAGCCAAAAGCUAUCGUUGCAGGCCAUUAACAAGAGCACUUUAGAAGGUGGUGAGGAAGCUACACAGGCCAUGAGGAUAGUGCCUGCGGCAGGGUCCUUACCACCAAAGCUGCGGUUACGUCUGAGGGUCAGCUACCAAAAAGACGACGGAAGUCCUGCGAUAACUGAUCAGGUCGACUGGAGUGAGACCUGA